UGACCUGCGCAAAGUGGACAUGGACGUUUGAUGACAAGUUGUUACCGGUGGUAAUGACCCGUGCAACCCUUCCCGUUUAUCGACAUCCAUUACGACGGGGCCGCUCAGAUCUCAGACGCCAGCAUGAGAAUAUCUUUCUUAAUAAUUCUUAUGUUGUUUGGGAAUUGAUUCAUGCUAUGGCGUAGAGCCAUAAGCUAAUUGCGCCAUAAACUUGCACAAUGAUAUACAUAUGAAGUUCUUAAUUGCAAGUGUAUUCUCAUCCUAAUUCUCGUUCUUCCCGCAAACCCUAUCAGAACUCAUGUCUGAAAUACUACAGCACGAGAAAGAGAAAGAGGAGGACCGAGUAGCGUCGGAACCCUCGUCGCCUGCAAAUUUGGAGGGAAGCCUUGACUCGGACACAGCCAGGCAGCAAGCUGACCAUCAUCUGGUUCGAAAAAUCGAUUCACGUCUCUUGCCCAUUCUUACUCUGCUGUAUUUGUUGAGCUUUCUCGAUCGGAUCAUGAACUCACGCGUACCGUUGCUUACACAGGAUCUAAAGCUUUCUGCUCCUGCAUAUAACACGUCUCUCGCAUUAUACUUCAUCGCAUACGUGCUAUUCGAAGUCCCAUCCAAUGUAAUCCCGCUAAAACGAUUUGACCCCCAAUUUUGGCUGCCGAGUCUUACCCUAGUGUGGGGAAUUGUUAGUGUUUGUCAAGGGCUCGUGACAAACCAGGCGGGAUUGUUUGGAAUUAGAUUUCUACUCGGUGCUACAGAAGCAGGCUUAUUUCCAGGCGUCAUCUACCUCUUUUCGGUGUACUACAUAAGGCGCGAACGGAGAGCGCGUGUAGCAAUCUUUUUUGGUGGGGCUGCACUAGCUGGUGCAUUUGGGGGGAUUCUAGCGUUCGCAAUAGGAAAGAUGGAAGGGAUAGGUGGGCGUCGAGGAUGGCAAUGGAUAUUCAUUUUGGAAGGCCUUCUAACCAUCCUUGUAUCCUUGAUUGCGUACUUCGUUGUCCCCACCUGGUCAUACAAGGCCAAAUUUCUUACUGAACCGGAGCGAGAGCAUCUGUUAUCCAAGCUAGACGCUGACACCGAUCCAGCGCACAAGGAGCCUUUCCAGUGGGUCUAUGUCAAGCAAGCGUUCACGGAUCAUCUUGUCUGGGGUUACGCACUACUAUUUCACGGAUAUGCAUUCGCCUUGUAUUCACUUAGUCUCUUCAUGCCCACUAUUAUCGCCGAUCUUGGAUUUCAAAGUUGGCAAGCACAACUACUAACUGUCCCUCCAAACACGCUCGCCGCCCUUUCUAUCGCAUUGACAGUUUGGUUGUCCAUUCGUUGCGAAUGUCGAGCCAUCCUCAUCAUCAUUGCUGCAAUUGUAGCUAUAAUAGCCGGUGCCCAAUAUGCUGGUGUGCAUCUCGCGGCUGCGGGUGUGUAUACAGGGAAUGCCUUGCUUCUAAGUUGGCCUGGUGAAAACGUUGCUGGCCAGACAAAACGUGCAGUGGCAGUCGCCAUGCAGAUCACCUUUGGAGACAUUGGAGCAAUUGCCGGAGUCCUGAUCUACAGACCCAACUUCGCUGGGCAUGAAUAUCGAAAGCCUCAUAUUAUCGCCAUAGGUUAUCUUCUAUUUUCGAUCAUCGUGGCUUCGUAUCUGCGAUUCUGGCUCGCUCGUGGUAACAAGGAUAAAGAUGCGAAAAUGACUGAAGAAUCAGCAGAGUCCAUUAAAGACCGGCAGCGGCUGGGUGACCGACACAUCCUCUACCGGUACGUCUAUUAG